CGCACGCCGGCCCCCCGCGCCCAGCUGCUGCCGAUCAGGCGCCGAAGCCGCCAGCUUCCCUCCUUCCAUCCCUGCCUCCCUCUACACAUCUGCCGUCCAGAGGGAGGACCUGGUUUGCUUUCCACUCUACAGGAAGAGCACCGACAAUGAGGAAAAAAUAAUGAAUGUCAAAGGAAAAGUGAUUCUGUCUACGCUGGUGGCCUCCACUGUGGUGGUUGUAUUUUGGGAAUAUAUCAACAGCCCAGAAGGUUCCUUGUUGUGGAUCUAUCACUCAAAAAAUCUAGAAGUUGAGGACAGUAUCUCCCAGAAGAACUGGUGGUUUCCAAGCUGGUUUGGCAAUGGGACCAACCAGGAAGAGAACGCAGACAAAGAAAAGGAACACAGGAAAGAAGAUGAUGAGUUGGAGCUCUGGGACUGGUUUAAUCCAGAGAAACGCCCCGAAGUGGUGACAGUCACCGAGUGGAAGGCGCCCAUCGUGUGGGAAGGCACUUUCGACAGAGCCAUCCUGGACAGCUACUAUACCAGGCAGAAAGUCACCGUAGGGUUGACGGUGUUUGCUAUCGGAAAGUACAUCGAGCAUUACUUGGAGGAGUUCUUGACGUCUGCCAACCAGUACUUCAUGGUGGGCCACAGGGUCAUCUUCUACAUCAUGGUGGACGAUGUCUCCCGCGUGCCUAUGAUCGAGCUGAGUCCCCUGCACUCCUUCAAGGUGUUCAGGGUCAAGCCUGAGAAGCGCUGGCAGGACAUCAGCAUGAUGCGCAUGAAGACCAUUGGGGAGCACAUCGCCGCCCACAUCCAGCACGAGGUGGACUUCCUCUUCUGCAUGGAUGUGGACCAGGUCUUCCAGGACAGUUUCGGGCUGGAGACUCUGGGUCAGUCAGUGGCCCAGCUGCAGGCCUGGUGGUACAAGGCCGACCCGAUUAAGUUUACCUAUGAGAGGAGGAAGGAAUCCGCUGCCUACAUCCCCUUUGGCCAGGGUGAUUUCUAUUACCACGCGGCCAUUUUUGGGGGAACUCCCCUACAGGUCCUCAACAUCACCCAGGCGUGCUACGAGGGGAUCCUCCAGGACAAGAAAAAUGACAUAGAAGCCGAGUGGCAUGAUGAGAGCCACUUAAACAAGUAUUUCCUUCUCCACAAACCCACCAAGAUCUUAUCCCCAGAAUACUGCUGGGAUUAUCACAUAGGCGAGACGUCUGAUAUUAAGAUAGUCAAGGUCUCUUGGCAGACCAAAGAGUAUAGUUUGGUUAGGAAUAAUGUCUGACUUGGAAUUGUGCUCCUGGGCUUCUGAAUUCGAGAGAGUAUUAUUCUGGCUACUUAAUCAGAAAAAAAAUCACAUAAUUCUAAUGCCAAGGGAUACUAAUCAAAUACCAGUGGGACAAGUGCAACUUAUUUCUUCCUUUUAACCUCAAGCCUUCUAAUAUGGGAGAAUGAAUUUAUGGGGGUCAGAGAUUAUUUCCCAGUGAUUUUGACUCGAUUUUAGGUUUGGGGGGAGAUGCAAUCAGCUGAACCAAAGGCCAAUUAACAGCCAGAAAUACUCGACAUGUGCCACUGGGCAAGUGGGUGCUACAGCAGGUGUUUCACAAGAAAGUACAAUUGUGGGCACUUGUCUCUUGGGUCUCACUGUCUUCCUGUCUUUGCUGAGUCUCAGGCAACCCAGAGUGGCUUGGCAGCAGGAGAACGGUUGUGAGAACACAGGCCACCUUGGCAAUCCUCAGACUGUUUCUGUAGAAUGUGGCUUCAGACUUCAUGGCAUCCAGGUCCUUUUCUCAUCAGGAUGUUGUUUGGAUAUAUGAAAGAUUGGACUAAGGUUCCCAACAUGGGGGUGGAUGUUUGGAGUCACCGAUGGGCAGUGGGUGCUCAGGGUGAAGUGGAAACAGAGAGUCAAGGAGAGUUUGCCUUGAAACAGCUAAGACGUGUGGAAAGAGAAGGGCUCAUAACGGUGGGGAAAUGCCACUUCGGAGGGGCCUGGGACCUGGAGUUGGUAUUUAAAGCCAUCCGUGCCUUCAAUGGGAAGCCACAUGGGUGGUCUUCAGCCUCCCCCCACCUCCCAUGAAUGCCUAGGGAGCAGUGGGGAAAUCUGAAUGAAAGAUUUCUUGAAUGGCCUGAAUUACAAUGUGUCAGACAGACUCUGUAACUUUUGUCUUAGGGUCUUUGAACAGAGGGUGUUGGAGAAGACAAAUGCUGACAGUGAACAGAAGAAGCUUGCCCAGAGUGAUGUUUCCCUGGCAUGACAUGCAGGCAGGUGGUCAUCAGGACUGGAUUUUGUGGUGGCCUACCAGCUGCUGCUCUUAUCCUCAUUUUACUUGGAAGGCUGACAUCAAGGGAUGGACGAGAGAAGCCCUUUCAUCAAACAGCUUCUCAUUUCCCCUCACCCCACCUGCACUACUGACAUGUCAUAACCAGAUGCCUUUUGUGAAACGGUUCAUUCAUUUCAUUUUAUUACAAAGGCAGGUAUCAGAGGCCCAAGUCCUCUGAUGGAACAGCUUUGAGUUCAGUUCCCUUCUCUAAGAGAAGCUCUAGAAACCUCUAUGAUAUUUAAAGCUCAGCAACUCACUGCAGAGGCAGUUGGGAGGCAACUUUGACCCGUGCACAUAUAUUUAUAUUUUGCUUGUGUUCCUGCGUAGGUCAUUUAUUUUCAUUCUCAAGUGAUUUAUUAGAAUCACCAUUGUGCUGGCUUGGUGUUCAGAACACUGGACCUUUUUGAUAACACGAGAUCUGUGUUUUCCCUGCCAGGGCUCUCCCUGUGCCUCCUACUCUUCACUCCUUGCCCCCCAGAUCUCCCAGCUCCAGGGACUGAGGAGAACUUAAUGGUGGGGGUACCAGGCAUCACCCCACAUGCCAAAUGGGAUCCUAGUAGCAUUGCCAUUGAGAGUCCUUGGCAUCACAACCAAAGUAUGCAUUCUUCAGACAAGACAACCAAAGUGUGUGAGUAGCAAUGGUGUCACCCUAGGCAAGCCCCACAACCAAGUGUGUGCAAGCAUCAGUCCUGGUCAUGACAAUAUCAAAGGACCAUGGGAACCUUAUCACUUGGCCAAUAAAACCCAGUCCAUGUGGAUCCUGAGAGUAAGCGUCAAGAAAGAACAAGGAGACCAACUCCAUCAGUUAGGAGUCUUGUUUCUCUAAAAUUCAACUUGUCUGGGGUCCGUUUACAAGUACAGAGGUUAUAGCCUGAACCAAAGCAGUGUUCUAUCCUCAAAGAACAAGGAGACCAACUCCAUCAGUUAGGAGUCUUGUUUCUCUAAAAUUCAACUUGUCUAGGAUCCAUUUACAAGUACAGAGGUUAUAGCCUGAGCCAAAGCAGUGAUCUAUCCUCAAAGAAUCAAGGACUUUUAUGGAAUCUUGCUUUUAAAAAAAUAAUUUAAAUUUAAAUCCUAAAUCAAUACAUUCAAGACAUUGUUCAUAAUUAUUCUUCAACAUUAAAAAAUCAAAUUUCUGAUUUACAAUCAAAUAAAUUAUUUUUUCAGUAUA